CUAAUUUUCCUCCACUACAUGUGUCCUGAGAAUAGCUUCAUGUUGUGGCUCUAAAGAAAAGGGAUCUCAUCUUCUUGUGCCUCCCAUAAAAAUAAAUAUUCGAUCUCCUACUUGCACCGGUGCACCACUUUUUCCUGUAUAAAAGGAGCUAUUAUGGAAACCAGUCAUCCAUACUAUCUUCUCCCUUGACUGAGGAAGCUCUUCACCAUCAUCCACAUUGCUAUACAAAUAAUUUUACUCACAAAAGUUGUAAUCUUCUACCCCUAGUAACGAUGUCAUCAAACUAUAUCUCAUCCUCAGGAAGCUCUGGCUCUUCCUGGACGCAAAGGCAAAACAAGCAAUUUGAAGAGGCUUUGGCAAUAUAUGAUAGGGACACCCCUGACCGCUGGUACAAUAUCUCCAGGGCCGUGGAUGGGAAAUCUGUCGAGGAGGUUAAGAGGCACUUCGACCUCCUUGUGAAGGACAUCAUGAAAAUAGAGUCUGACCAGGUACCGUUACCCAAUUACAGAACAACUGGAAGCAAUGCAAGAGGGUAUGGAAAUGAACAGAGACUUUUCAAGAACCUAAGGCUACAGUGAAGCAAUGGUGGCAUUACUAUCUGUGUCAACCAUCGAAAGAUCUGUGGAAUGUGUACAAGUGUAAAAACUGGCCGGAUAGUGCUCAAGAAGCUACCAAAAUAUUUAAUAUUGUCUGUAAUCAGAAUCAUACUUCCUCCAUCUCCCAAAAAAUAAGAGCAAAUGUCUUUGUUGUUCACUAAGCAAGGAGCUUAUCUUAAUAAGCAGAGAAGUAUAAUCUACUGUAUGCAACAAAAACCAUACCUGUAAGAACAUUUGUAUCUUGUUGUAAUGUG